CUUCCUCUUUUCGCCUGCAGUCACAACGGCCGCAGCAUCAAACAGGCAAGGGGUUAACGUGAUGAUGGAUGGACUGGAAGAUGAUGAAGCUCCCCCGGAGCUGGUUCAGUGCAACACCUGCAAAAGAUGUUUCUUCCCUAAAGUCCUGGCAAAACACACUAAAAUCUGCCAAAAGACAACGACCAAAAGGAGGAAAGUUUUUGACUCCAGUAGACAGAGAGCUGAGGGCACAGACAUCCCUACACUGAAACCUAUCAAACCAAAGUCACAAAGUUCAUCUGCUACUGUGAAAGCAGAGCCACCCAAGAAGCCUUCCAACUGGCGCAAGAAACAUGAUGACUUCAUUGCAACCAUCCGAGCUGCCAAGACACUCACUCAGGUCAUUAAGGACGGGGGACCUUUACCUCCACCUCCUCCUCCUACGUAUGACCCAGACUAUGUUCAGUGCCCUUUCUGUCAGCGGAGGUUUAAUGAGAGUGCAGCUGAUAGACACAUCAAGUUCUGCCAGGAGCAGGCCGCCCGUAUGACCAAUAAGAAGUUAGGAGAGACCAAGAAGGCCCCCAGUCGCACACAGUUCAAACCUUCAGCUCCUGUGAAGAAGACCAGUUCUCCUGCUGUGUCAACCAUCCCGUCACCCUCCUCUCGUUUACCACAGCGAUCAGGUCCUGGACAGUCCACUGGAAUCCCCUCUAGUAAAGUCCCCUCUGCAGGUUCAGUGAGGAGUAAUCUCUCUGGUCUCACAAGCCCUCCAUCAGGUGUUGGAACAAAGACACGUGCUGUGAGCUCUAGCUAUGGCUCUGUGAGGAACACUCACUCUGGACUAGGACUCAAGAAGAGAGUAGACCCCAACAUAUCUAGGAAUGAAGUGGAUGGCCGGGAUGAAGUCGAUAACGGUGGAAUGAAGAGCAAGUUCUGUCACUCGUGUGGGACCAAGUACCCUGUUGAAUCUGCCAAAUUCUGCUGUGAGUGUGGAGUCAGGAGGAUGUGUAUUUGAUGGUUUUCAGGAGUAGAAGGUAGAGGGAAAUUAGAAUAUGGCAGCACUCAAGGUCACAUCAGAUAGUCUCAGCAAACCUCAUUUAUACCCCAUGUUUUCAAACUUUUGUUUCACAGCAGUGAAGUGGCCGGCGACUUUGUUUUCCUUUCUUAUCACUGUACACAUUGAGCUGAGGAUUAGGACUGGUACGUUAUCUCAUAUUUCUCACAUGGUCCUGCUGAAGAGUGUAAAUUCUGCCCUUUUACAUCGGAGAGGUAUAAUAACUUCACUUUCAUGAUAUAGGGAACUAAUAUGACAGAAACAGGGGCAACUCUGGUAAAGUUUAUCAGCUAUAUUCUUAUUUUUUUUCUUCUGCUGGCUGCUGUUCCAAAUGCAUCAGAAAUUGCUGUGAAAGUAGAAGUUCAUGGAGGAUUGAUAAUUCGAAUUGACGGUGGCCUGUAGAGUCAAUCCCGACGAGUCGAGCUCGGUGGGUUGGAAAAUGUUGGAAAAACAAGAAAGUUAAAGACAGAAAAGAGUUGGAUAAAUCAUUAGAGGUGUGUGUUACUGCUCCUGUAUGUGAAUCCCCAGUCAACCAUAAUUCAAAACACAUUCCUUAAUCCCACCUGCAUCUGCUUUCUCACAGACAAUGUUUUGUCAUUGAAGUGCAAUAUGAUUGACUACUGAAGAAAACAACAUGUUUACGUAAAAGGAAGCGUUUGAGGAAUCUUUGGAGAUAUCGCCCUGAUUUAACAGGGAAUUGUCCUCUUUUAAUGCUACUAUCAUAGGCCUGGUGUUUCUCGACAAAUGUAGCAUUUACUCCAUCACCUUUACCGCCCCUCUCAUUUUAUGAAAUUAGUUGUUUUUUUUCUUAUUCCCUUUAGAUUUCACCCAAAUGUAUAAUGGCUGCAUCUUUUUAUUCAUGUUCUUUAGCAUUCAAAUUAGUUUUAUUUCACUUUUUACAACACCUCAGUGGACUGAGAAUUAUUCCAAGUUUUCUUCUUGAGAGGCUUUCUCUUGAGUCAGUAUUGAGUGCAUUAAAGUAUGUAGGAUCAACAGUAUGGUAACACUACAGUCAUUUUAACUGCUUGAUAAAACCAUUAACAUUAUUUAUCACCCCCACACAGUUCAUUUACAGGUGGGACAGUAUGAAAGGUCUUUUAAUCGUGAACAGAUGUCUUUCAGAAUGAGAGUUUUGUUCCAAGUUCCAAAAAUAAAAUUACUGCAAUACGUAGCACAUGACACAACAUGACAGGAAAUAUUUGAACUGACCGGACAGGUAUGUUUUCCUGUACUCGUGAUUACACAUUCUCACUUACAGUUGUGCACUUAAUGCCAUGUAUAUUCACCAUCAAUAAACUUUGAUGAGGAAAGCUU